CUCGAACACCCUGCUCAUGUGUGUGAGUGUGUGUGUGUAAAGACCUGAAUAAGCUGCCACUACCUCCCCCUGCUUCUCCCAGAUGUGAACAGAGAGAGAGAGAGAGAGGAAAAAGGAGAGCAGGAGAGUGUUUUUCUCAUCAACUCUUAGCAUCUCAACUCUGUAAGUCUGCACAUCUCUGUUUUGCGGAGGUUCAUUCUUCAUGGACACCUGCCAUGUCACGUUAGAAUGCCGCUGUUAACGUAAAGAGGAAGAGAGAGUCUUGUCUGAAACUGUCCCACACUUCUCCAGCUCCGUCCAGUCAUGGGAAAAGGCUUUUACAUCAGCAAGAACCAAGCCAUAGUAGCAGCCUUGCUAGCUGCUGUAGCUGUAGUCACCAUUAUAGCAUUGUCUAUAGUUUACUCCAAAGAAAAGGCCAAAAGGGCACUUCCACUUAAUGAUGAGAAGACAUCGCCUGUGACACCCACAUCACCACCCUCAAAUGAACCAUGGGACAAAUACAGACUUCCUGACACCUUAAAGCCACAAUCUUACAAUAUAACUCUGUGGCCUAGGCUAACUGAGGACGCCCAGGGCAUGUAUAUUUUCACUGGCAGUUCUGAAGUAGUUUUCAUGUGUGAGAAAGAGACAGAUUUAAUCAUAAUUCACUGCAACAAGCUCAACUUGACUUUUUUCGAUGGACACCAUGCAAAGCUAAUAGGCAUGCAUAGAACAGCAGCUCCAGCCAUAAAGAAAACGUGGUUCCAAGUGGAAACACAAUACCUGGUGGUUCAGCUGAAGGGGACUCUAAAGCCAGGAAAAGCCUACAGUCUUUCCACAGAGUUCAAAGGAGAGCUGGCGGAUGACCUGGAGGGAUUCUACAGGAGUGAAUAUAAAGAGGAUGGCAUAAAAAAGGUUGUUGCCAUCACUCAAAUGCAAGCCACUUAUGCCAGAAAAGCGUUUCCAUGCUUUGAUGAACCAGCUAUGAAGGCCAUAUUUCACAUCACACUCAUUCAUGAGCCAGGAACUAUUGCCCUCUCUAAUAGUAGAGAGAUAGGUACAGAAAGCCUUCAAAUUGAUAGAAUCAACGUUAUUAGGACUAGAUUUGAACCCACAAAGAAGAUGUCUACCUAUCUUGUUGCAUUCAUUGUCAGUGACUUCACUUAUAUCACCAAACAAGAAGACAACAAGGAUCUCAUGGUUCGUAUAUGGGCACGACAAAAAGCCAUUAAAGGAGGACAAGGUGACUAUGCCCUCAGCAUCACCCAGCCGAUCAUGGAGUUCUUUGAAAAGUAUUACAACACUGACUACCCACUCUCCAAGUCAGACCAGAUUGCACUGCCUGACUUCAGUGCUGGAGCCAUGGAAAACUGGGGUCUCGUCACAUACAGGGAGACAGCUUUGCUAUAUGACCCCAAAACCUCCGCAAAUGGCAAUAAACAGAGAAUUGCGACCGUGGUUUCUCACGAGCUUGCUCAUAUGUGGUUCGGAAACCUGGUGACCCUGAAGUGGUGGAAUGAUUUGUGGCUGAACGAAGGAUUCGCAUCAUACGUGGAGUACCUGGGUGCAGACUAUGCAGAGCCAACUUGGAACAUUAAAGACCAGAUCAUACUGUAUGAUAUGUAUCGUGCGUUUGCUGUAGACAGCCUUGUCUCCUCUCAUCCACUAUCUUGCAAAGAGGAGGAGGUCAACAAGCCAGCGGAAAUCAGUCAAAUGUUCAACACCAUAUCUUACAGCAAGGGGGCUGCAGUGCUCAGGAUGCUCUCUGAAUUCCUGACUGAGCCAGUCUUUGCCAAGGGACUUACUACAUACUUAAAUCAGUUUGCUUUUGGGAACUCUGUGUAUUCAGACCUUUGGGAUCAUCUUCAGAAGGCAGUAGAUAGAACCCCACAGCUGAAGCUGCCACACAGGGUACAUGACAUCAUGAAUCGUUGGAUUCUUCAGAUGGGCUUUCCGGUGGUCACCAUUGACACUGGAACAGGAAAUGUGAGCCAGAAGCAUUUCUUGCUGGAGCCAAACUCUGUGGUGGAAAAACCAUCUGAAUUCAAUUACGAGUGGUACAUACCAAUCAAUUGGAUGAAGAAAAGUGGAGAACAGGAUCAACUCUGGCUUCUUCAGAAAUCAGCUGUCCACAAACCUAUGAAAGUCAGCAGGGGACAGUGGGUUUUGGCCAACGUAAAUGUUUCUGGAUACUACAGAGUCAACUAUGACCUUGAGAACUGGGAGCGGCUCCUCAGUCAACUGAAUUCCAACCACCAGAUAAUACCAGUGAUCAAUAGAGCACAAAUACUGGAUGAUGCCUUUAACCUAGCUAGGGCAUCCAUCAUUAACAUAACUCUUGCUCUAAGAACAACCAAAUAUCUCUCCCUGGAGAAAGAGUACAUUCCAUGGGAAGCAGCCCUCAGAAGUCUAAACUCAUUAUUCCUUGUGUUUGAUCGCAGUGACGUUUAUGGAGCAAUGCAGGCCUACCUCAGAAACCAGGUUAAGCCUUUGUUUGAUCAUUUUACGAGCAUCACUGGAAACUGGACCACUGUGCCUCUAGGCCACAAUGAUCAAUUCACACAAAUCAUUGCGCUGUCAUUAGCAUGCAAAACUGGUUUGCCGGGAUGCCGUGAUAUCAUCAAAGCCUGGUUUAGACAGUGGAUGCAGGAUCCUGAUAAUAAUAAGAUUCAUCCCAACCUGAGGUCCACAGUGUACUGCUAUGCCAUAGCUGCAGGAGGAGUGGAGGAAUGGGACUUUGGCUGGCGGAUGUUUAAGAAGGCCACAGUAGCAGCUGAGGCAGUCAAAUUGCGGUCAGCGCUGGCCUGCACCAGAGAGCCCUGGUUACUCAACAGGUACCUUGAAUACACGUUGGAUCCUGAAAAGAUUCGCAAACAGGAUGCAACUUCCACAAUAGGAUCCAUUUCCAGCAACAUUGUUGGCCAGCCUCUAGCAUGGAACUUUGUCAGAGCAAGAUGGGAGUACCUGUUCAAAGUGUAUGGAACCGGAUCAUUUUCUUUCUCCAGGUUAAUAAACGACAUAACGGCCAGAUUCUGCACCUCUUUUGAACUCAGCGAGUUAAAACAGUUCCAAAAGGACAACGCAGAUGUUGGCUUUGGCUCUGGGACGCAGGCUCUGCAGCAGGCUAUUGAGAAGACAACAGCCAAAAUCAAAUGGCUGGAGGACAAUAAGCAGCAGGUUCUGCAGUGGUUCAUCUCACAGUCAGCGUGAACAGUACAGCACAUCUGAAACUACACCGGAAAAAGAGUCACUUGAUUGAAAUGUGUCCAUUGUUUUUACAUUAAUAUAAUAGCUACAGUAAUGUGCAAAAAGAGACCACGCUUACCAUUAAUUUCCAGUCUAAAUGCCCACUUCUAGCCUGAAAAUGAAUUCCUCAGGAGUUAUUUCAGAGGAGAUUAAAUAUGAUCUAAUAUUUGAGACAUACACUGUAAAAAACAGUAGCUUGUCAAGUAAAAUGAUCUUAUUUCUAGUUGAUUUAUCUAAUAUUUCUAACUAUUUUGGGAUGGUUGUGCACUUAUAAGAUUACUAACCUUAUUUCCAAACACUUUUUAUCCUGUUGUAUUAAGUAUUAUGUAUAAAUUCUCCCACUAUACUGGCAGAUAAUAUAACUUGAUUCAAGCACAUUCAAGAUUUGGUUGACUAGAUCAUUUUACUUGAAAAGAUACUAUUUUUCUCAGGGUACUGAAUGUGUUUGGUAAAUUAUGUGGAUCGUACGAAAUGGAAAAUGCAACUUCUAGGACCAAUAGAAAUAUUUAGAACAACUGUUCACAUGAAAACUACACACUGUGCAGAAUAUCUACGUAAAGAUUUUUCACUUCUCACAAAGCCGACACCCUGUGGCUUUUUACAGGAUACUUUCCAUACGAAAGGAGAAAUGAGAGUUUCAGCACCUCAUUUAGGAACCAACGCUUAUGAACGCUUUCACAGGAUCGCUGUCAUUCAGUUUGAGCCGUUUAUGGAGAUGCAGCUCCAGCCGUGAUGAUUACAAAACAGAGAGGCAGAAUGUCUUCAAGGGCAAAUAUACUUUGCUUCUCAAAGACCCAGUAAACAGUGCCACUGGGCUAAUGCGCCUGUCCAUUUUGGAAAACUGAAAGUUUAGUUACUCUGACGCUUUUGUCAUAUUGACUGUUGCCAUGCCAAUGCCAGAGACAAUAGGGAAUGGUCAGAGUUCAUGUUAACGAUGAAAAUUUGCAGAAAUCGAACAGAGGGUGAAUAAAAUAAUGUCGCAUUUUCGCCCUUUGAAAAAUCUGGUUUGAUGUGCAGAAUAUCGUCAGUUAUACGCAUACUCAAAUUAAUUUGUCGUUCGGAUAAAUCACAUUUAUGAUUGAACACUAUACUGAUCUUUGGAGGUGUGGAAAAUAUCCCUUUGUUUGGAAAACUGACAGCAAUGCUGCUGAAAAGAACGGAAGCUGUAAUUAAGGCAAAGGACAUACUAAAUACUGAAAAUGUUGACAUUAUAUUUACUUGUUAAGGCUUCUGUGUAAUUUUCUGUCAAAUAUUUUCCUGUUUCCUUCCUUUCACCUGACACUUCCUGAUUAACUUGUACUUAAAGGCCUUCUUACUGGAAAUUAAAUACAGCACAUCCAAAGCUACACCGGCUCAAGGGUGGUCUCUGACUUUAUAUUAUAUUACUGACUUUAUAUCACAUUCAUUAUACACUGAUCAGGCAUAACAUUAUGACCACCUCGUUUCUGGGUUCGUUGACCAUUUUAUCAGCUUCACUUACUAUAUAGGUGCAUUUUGUAUUUCUACAUACUGCAGUGCCCAAAUAAUACCUGCUCUGUGAGGGUCCAUGGGGGGUCCUGACCACUGAAGAACAGGGUAAAACGGGGCUAAUACAGUAUGCAGAGAAUCAUAUGGACUACAGUCUUUAACUGUAGAACUACAAGGUGCACCUAUACAGUAAGUGGAGCUGAUAAAAUGGACAGUGAGCGUAGAAACAAGGAUGGUCAUAGUUAUUCCUGAUUGGUUUAUGACAGUAUAUUACUAUUAUUAUUAUUAAUACACAUUUGAAUCAAGUCAUUUCAGUGCAGCUCUUUUUUCCAGUGUACCAAAACAGUGAAAAUCGCUUUGGCAGCUUGGUAAACUGCAUCUAUAUGACAUCUUUGAUGCUUUUAGACCAAAUUGUAUGGUUUGUUUUGGGUGGCAACCACAUACAAGAAGUACCAUCGUUUUCACCAUGUGCUGCAACAGGCUGGAAAGGCAUUUGAUCUCGUUGGUGAACAUUGGAUUCUCCAACACCUUCUGCACUCCAGGACAGGACAAAAUUGAAUUCUGAUAACUGCAAGAAAAUGUAUAUUCCUUUUUUUGAAUAAACACAUUUGGCCAGCUAA